AUGCCACGCGAUCCUUUGAUCGGCCUUGUUGGGAAGCCUAGUGCUGGCAAAUCCAGCACGCUGAACUCCCUCACAGACGCAACCUCUAAAGAAAUUUCCCGUAUGGUCCUCUUGAUUGUUUUCAGCCAGCCGGGCGGCGCCUUUAAACUCGAGACAAGGGGAGGUCCUGUCUGCUUCACCACCAUCGAUCCCCAGCGUGCGAUAGGCUAUCUCCAGAUUGACUGCGCCUGUGCCCGGCACGGCCUCCAGGACCGGUGCAAACCGAACCACGGAUCGUGUGUCGACGGACGCCGCUCCGUGCCCAUUGAACUACUCGACGUCGCUGGCUUGGUGCCGGGGGCGCAUCAAGGCAAGGGCCUGGGAAACAAGUUUCUUGACGACCUUCGACACGCCGACGCCCUGAUUCACGUUGUCGACGCGUCGGGCACCACCGAUGCCGAGGGCAAGAACACCAGGGGUUACGACCCGUCGGUCGACAUUGCGUGGCUGCGCAGCGAGAUCGUGGCAUGGAUCAGAGGAAACUUGAUGGAUAAAUGGGGCAGCAUCAGGAGACGACACGUCGCGGCCAAGCAUACAGCGGUCGAGACGCUACAGGCACAGUUCAGUGGUUACGGUAGUACGGCCAAAGUGGUUGCGCGCACACUGGAUAAACUAGCGCUCAAGGAAGGGUUGGAACACUGGGAUGACGCGACCAUCGAGCGAGUUGUGGAGGCCUUUACCGACGAGAAAUUCCCGACAGUCAUCGCUCUGAACAAGAUCGAUCAUCCCGACUCAGACAAGAACAUAGCAAAAAUCGCCAAGAUGCAAGACCCCAAUAAGAUCGUGCUUUGCUCAGCAAUAUCAGAGAUAUUCUUGCGCAAGAUGGCAAAGCAGGGAUACAUUCGAUAUACAGAGGGCAGCGAGUUUGUCGACACGAGGGAGGACUUGAUCGCGGAUGGGGAUCCAGAGGGUGGUGGGUUGAAGGAGCUUGACGAGAAGAACAAGACGAGAAUAGAGAACCUCAAGGAUAUGGUUCUCUACAGGUUCGGGUCCACCGGCGUCAAUCAAGUACUUUCCAAGGCUGCCGAGGUCCUAGGGUUAGUGCCUGUAUACCCUGUCCGCAACACGACGACCUUUGGCUCAGGAGCUUCCGAGUCAAAGUUUGUCUUUAGGGAUUGUGUGCUUGUCAAGAAGAACACAACCGUGGGAGAGGUUGCGAGAAAGGUCAUGGGCGACGCCCCCGUGGCAUACAUAGAGGGGGUUGGGGCCAUGCGAGUUUCGGAAGAUGUUGUUGUCACUGUCGGCAAAAACGAUAUUCUCUCGUUCAAGGUAGGACGAGGGGCCGACGCACUAAGCUCCAUAUCCCACUUCCGUGCGUCCAUGUACGUCAGCAACUGA